UCCGCAAAAGAUGUUGUCAUCUGUCAAAUUUGGCCUUCAAUUGCUGGGACAUUAUGUACCUAUUGCAAUUUGUAUUUAAUUUUGCAAUAUUUGAGUGAAGUGUUAACUUAAAUCGAUGGUAUGACAUAGGAGUUAUUGUGUUCUCGUGCUAAGAUGACAUCGAGAAGCAAAAACGCUGUUCGAGGUUACGAAACAGAGAUCGAGAAGAGUAGAGAGGAGUCCAACUGGAAGAAGGCUAUAGAUUUAGCUCAGCAGCUAAAGGCCAGGUCACCACAACACGAAAGCCUUGCACACUUUCUGAUUGGCGAAGGAAAGUUAGAAGCAUAUCUUGAUGAAUGGCCACCAACAAAAGAGAAUCAUGAGAGGGCACAACGGGAACUAUCUGAAGCCAGAGGGUACCUCACUCUGGCAACUGAUGAAGCUGGCACAAGAGCAGGAGUGGCGUUAGAUGCUCAUCUCCUACUUGGGAAACUGAAUUAUGCAUGUGGAAGUUACGAUGAUGCACUAAAACAUUAUAAACUAGCUGAGUUAAAUACACUUACGGAGAAGGAGCUGCCAGUACGGAGUUUACGAAUUGUGGCAGAAUCAUAUGCCAUCAAAGGCCUGUGCCUAGAACAGAAUGCAUUACCGGGCUCGACGAGCAGAUAUAAGCAAGCUGAGAGGGAAUCUGAAAUGAUCCGCAGCUUCGAGCUGGCUUCGGAGCUGACGCUGCUGUACCUGCAGCGCGCGCAGUCGGCGGCCCGCGCCGGCCCCACGCUGGAGACCGCGUUACAGCGCGCGCCCAUACUGCACAUGCGCGCCGGCAGCCUCGCGCGAGCCAUCGCCCGGUAUCGCGAGAUGCUGUCGGCUGUAGAAUCACCGUCGACGCAGGCGCUGCGGCUCACGCUGGCCAGACAACUAGCUGAAGUAUUGAAACGGGGAGUUACGGGACAGGUGUACAAAGCACCGGAGAGGCCGGCCAUGGUGGCCACAAAUACCCUUAGUCGGCGGAGAGAUGAAUACGUAUCGGAGGGGCCAUGGAAACCCAAUAAGUAUGCCGGUAUCAACCAGUUCGUGCCCCGUAACGAGUAUGAAGAGGUGGUGCUGGUGCUGCUAGUGGGCGAGGCGAUGGCCGUGCGAGACGCGGUGCUGUCUCAAAGCGCGGAGUUCCACGCGGCGAGAUUACAUUCCCUGCAGAACGCCUGCGCGCUCAUAGAUCUACUCGCCCUGGCCGCCACUAGGUGGGGGCAGCUGUGCCUGGUGCUCGAGUCGCUGGAGCGCGCGAUGAAGUUCUCGUUCGGGUCCGCGCACGUGUGGAGGCAGCGCGCCCUCGCCACCGCCGCCGCCGCGCCGCACCAACCCCACGCCGCGCGCCUCACGCCCGGUGGUAGUGGAUGGGGAGCGGCGAUACGUGCCCGCACUGUGGCGGCGCGCGCCGUCCCGUUAGUACCACAAGACGCGGCGCUGAGGCUGGUAGCUGCCAACACCUGCUAUGGAGUGGGCUGGAUCGAAGAGGGCAUCGAAAUGGCGGAACAAGCUCUUAGUAUAGAAGAGCAGAGCGAGGGCAGUUUGCUCGCGCGCUGCUGUUUAUACACCGCCAUCGGACAUCAGAUGAAAGCGCAGAAAACGAAUUCACGUAUCGAAAAGGAUGCGGCGAACGACACAUGUUUAAAGCUUUUACUGCGAGCGGUGCAGCUCGACGACAACGACCACCUGGCCUUCUACUACUUGGGGCUACAGUACAUGUAUCUCGGCAUGCUCAACGAAGCUAUGGACGCGACGCGUUCGUGCCUGUCGGCGCGCGCGGAGUGCAGCGGCGGGCUGCGCCUGGCGACGGCGCUGUGGUCGUGCGCGUGCGCCGGGCCCCGCGCGCCCCGCGCCCUCGCCGCCGCCGCGCUAGCGCGACACCACUACCCGCGCGCGCCCUGGCCGCUGUGGGCCGCGGCCGCGCUGCAGCUGCGCGCGCGCCGCCCCGAGGUGAGUGUGUGUAGUGUAGUGUAG